AUGUUAGUGAUUACCACUAGAUUGAUGGAGAUGGUUCAAGAAUGUCAUCUUCUUAUAUUAAAUCUUUACGAGGAAGAGGACAAUGAUUCAUGUGUUCGCCGUUGCCACUCCACUCUUAACCAACGUUCCACCUUCAACAAACCGAAUCUCUCCACCACAAUACAUACACAGUGGAUCAAACACUGCAAGCCUUGCGGAACACAUGGGAACAAAGAUAUCAGACCACCUAUUCAUGACACCAAACAAGCUAUCAGAGGAAAUGGUGAAGUGUGCAUCAUCUAUAUACUCCAAGCUCCUUCUCAUCCCCAAGCUCAUCUCCAUCGUCCGCAAGCUGAGUUUUCACCUCAAGAACAGUAUGAUAUGUGGAGUCCAAGCUUCCGGAAAAACUCUGCUUUUGAUGAUCAGUUCGACUUGAGCGGACCUUAUAGCUCAAUGGCACACAUUCACAGAAACCAUAGGAGAGGACGUGACCUUGACUUGAUGAAUCGAAACUUCAGCUUGAUGAUCAAGCAGCUGGAGUCUGGAGAGUGUUGAUCCGAGAAAGCUGACUCAUCAAGAGAAACUAGCAUUUUGGAUUAACUUACAUAACGCACUUGUCAUGCACACGUUUCCUGCUAAUGGGAUUCCACAGAACAACGGAAAACGGUUUUUACUGCUCUCCAAGGUAAAAAUAUUAUCAACACACUUUUCUUGGUCCGCUUCAAGAAUGAUACUGAACGUUUUGGACUCUGCUUAACAUGGUGAAAUUUUUUGGCAAAAUAUUGUUGACAGAAAACGGAGUUAUGUUUGCAUUUAACCUCAAAUUUUAGCUUAUUUUAGCAAAAUUCCCUAAAAACAAUAUUUAAGGUUUAACCCAAAAAAAAAACUACAUUAUCGUUUUAUUCUCCGUUAACGUGGCUUUGCGGAAAAAAGAAAUAAUACGAUAAAUGACAAAUAGAAUUAAAGUUCGUAACUUUCAGACAGCCAGUGCCGUGCAACAACAACAACUUGAGAGUUAAAUGAAACCACGUUAGUUAUGUCCAAAAUGAUAUCUCAAAUUU